AUGCGCUUCACUAAUUCUUCUUCCGUCGUGGCCCUUAUCGCCACUGCGACAGCUUAUACUAUUACCUCGCCUAGUGGAGGUUGCAUCGACAUCACUCUCCCCGUGACGGUGACAUGGACGGCAUCCCCGUCCGAAACUCCAUCGACCGUCUCCUUCGCACUCGCCAAUUAUAUAAGUUCCAAUCCGCCCGUUGAUAGGCUCUACGAGAACAUUGUUGUGAAUGCGAGCCAGAGUAGCCAGGGCAGCGUCACUCUCCCGGGUCUAGAUCGGGCUACGGCGCUUGACUACUCUAAAAAUGGCGGAAAGGACUAUCGAAUCUGGAUGGUGCCGGCUAACAGCCCUCCACCUCAUAAUGGGAAUCUUGUCACGGAGUCGGGUUCUUUCCGAAUUGUGGCUCUGGGAUCUGGUAAGUUUGCCCCGCUGCCGUUUAGAAGGGCCUAG